AUGGGGACGGCACUGCUCCUGCUGCUGCUCCGGGAGCCAGGAGGAGGAGGUCGGGGGGCCGGGAGGAGGAGGUCGGGGUGCCGGGAAGAUUUGGGGAAAGGAAGCAGCAACGGGAUCACGCUGGAGGGGGCUGUGCCCUCGGAGCAGGACAGCCAGCCGAAGCCGGCCAAGAGGGCCCGCACCUCCUUCACCGCCGAGCAGCUGCAGGGAGUCAUGCAGGCACAGUUUGCUCAGGACAACAACCCCGACGCACAAACGCUUCAGAAGCUGGCGGACAUGACGGGGCUGAGUCGGAGAGUCAUUCAGGUUUGGUUUCAAAACUGCAGAGCCCGCCAUAAAAAACACACCCCGCAGCACACAGUGCCGCCCUCGGGAGCCCCCCCAUCCCGCAUCCCUUCUUCGCUCUCCGACGACAUUCACUACUCGCCCUUCAGCAGCCCGGAGCGGGCCCGGAUGGUGACGCUGCACGGAUACAUAGAAAGUCAGGUACAGUGUGGACAAGUGCACUGUAGACUUCCCUACAAUCUUCCCUACCCUGCUCCACCAGUGCUCCUCAAAGCAGACAUGGAAGGACCACUAUCUAAUAGGGGUGAGAAGGUCAUCCUCUUUCAGUACUGA